CUGCCGAAGGCUACCCCCGCCGCUAGCUUUCUUCAGCGUUGGUGACUCGGCAUCUAUCCCCGGGCACCGCGAGCCACCCACUUCUUCAUCUCCUUCGUGAUGAUGGACACAGGACACUCGACGAUGCUUGCAGUUACGAGGUCGAGCCCCGAGACAACCUGUCUGUCAAAGAUCGAAUCGUGCGGCUGGCUUAUUCAACCCGAAUCGAGACCCUUCCCUCCUUCAGGCCCAUGAAAUCCCGCGCCGUCUGCUUUGUCGCUCUCAUAUGAAUCGGCCUCGAUAAGCAACUUGAUGUAGGUUUGGUAGCCUGAGCCAGUCUUUCCGUGUCUCGGGUUUUGGCAGUCUUGCCCAGACUCCUUGCCUUCGUCACACAACUAUGCUGAUCGGCCGAGUGCAUAUUCUGUGGUAACAGUCACGGCGUAAACAAACAAGAAAACCACAAAACCGCUGCUUCCUAGUUGGCCCGCCCGCAAACACUUUCAAAGCCUGCCACUUUAAUCUGCCAGAUCAAGCCACCUAUCAAAAUGUAUUGACCGAACCCGCCUCGUUCUUCAUUGACGAUAGAAUUCCUUGCUUUCAGCCGCCCAUGUAUUUGGCCGUGCUCAAACAACCGAUACCUGCGCGGCGACAGAACAGAAGAGGUACCGAUAGAAGUCCGAAAGAGGCCCGGCACUAUGGGAAAGUUUGGUCGAUACCCGGCGGCCACGAUUAUGAUAUGGGUCUCAUUUGGCGGCACAGAGCGACUCGCCCUUCUUGCAAUAACUUGCCCGAAACAAAGAUGUAAGUUGCUGUUUUAUCUCACGGCAUUUGAGGUCGAGCGUCACUGGUGGAUUGGAUGGGCUCACCCACAUAAUCCUCAUACGCAACCAAUACAGUAUUGCAGACAAACCCAGCCCGGCUCGGGAAGUAGUGAUCAACCAAGACGAGACGAGUCGCACAUGCCGUUGAUUACAGUUAUUGCGGCGGUUUUCCAGGUCACUGACCGGGUAGAGAAUGCUUGUCAAAAGACGCCGGCUCCGUUUUAGCGGUAUCCUGUGUAAGCAAUCAGCCAUUUUCAUGGUCUCAACGAAGACGACAUCGCCGUAGGGUCCGGAAAUAUACUCCUUUAUUGAACUAAGGCGAUAUCCCCGUAAUCAGCAUAGCAAUCCUCGCCGUCGUAGAACUUAUGGGGGAAGGACAUUGGCGACUGAUGUUGCCAAUAGCUCCGACCUCGUUACCGUCUAGCCGCAACCCGAAACUCGAUAACCUGAGCAUUUAUCUUUAUCCCACUUUCAUUCAACGGCCAAUUGGUCUGGCGAAACGCAUCUAGGCACACUUGUGCAGAGUUCCCAUCGAGUAGCUCUUGAACAUGAUUAUAUCAAGCCUAACCUUAUGAGGGUCUUGGAGCGCAGACACACCAGGCCGAGCGAGUCUAGUCCAGCGGCAGUAGGCAGUAGGGUGGCAAUUCAGAAUUGACGCCUGCUUUGAAAGUCCAUCAAUCCGAGACUGGUUGGCAGCGUUGAACGGACAGUAUCUGGCCGGGUGGGUAUCUUGCGAGC